AUGGCUCGAUCUGUUAUCACCCUCGUCACGUCGCCUGCGGGCAGACUCUUCACCUGCAGCCGCAAGUUCCAGGUCCACCUGGAUAUAUAUGGGCGGUCUCAAUCAAUGACAAUGCAGUUUCCUCCCCGGGCAGAGUGGGAUGUGUCAUAUGCAGCAGCAGCAGCAGCAGCAGCAGGGGAGUCGCAGCAUCCAGAGAAGAAGAAGAAGAAGAAGAAGAAGAAGAAGAGGGCCCCACCUCUAGAAGACCCCAUGGAGCAGGACACAGCAGCAGCAGAACCACAAGCUGGGAAAGGGAUCCAGCUACCUGGGAAAGAGGUCCAGCUACCUGGGAAAGGGUUCGAGGGACCGGAAGAAGAGGUCCAGCGACACACAGGUGCUCCAGACAUCAAAGCAGCAGCAGCAGCGGAGCCUCAACCUGCAAUAUGGGUGCAGAUAACUGGGAAAGGGGUCGAGCAACCUGGAGAAGAGGCCCAUCUACACACGGGAGCUACAGACAUGAUGGAGAGAAGGCCCCCUAGUCCUGUGUUCAGUAUGUUUUCUAUGAAGAGUGAUGUGUCAAUGGACCUACCACUGCAUUUCAGAAGGACCUGCAUCACUCCUCACUACACUGAUCCACAGUUGGAGAAACACCAGCUGCAGGACAUACAACAUCAAGAUGUUCAACUUCUCUGUACUGAGCAUCAAAGGCAGCUGGAGUUCUUCUGCAGCAACGACCAAACAGCAAUCUGCUCACGCUGUUUACUCCACCAACAUAAAGGACACGAUGCCAUUGAGCAGGUAGCAAAGAGUAGCAUCUCCACAAAAGGAGAUGUUCUUCCUCCGGGCCAACUCCAGUUUACCAAAGUGUCUCCAGACUCAGUAGCGUUACGAUGGUCUCCACCUGAGGGUGCUACUGGUCCACACAGGUACACCGUUACCUGGAGACAAGGUGCAGAACAGUGGACCUUCACGUCACCAAGCUGUCAGGCCGUGUCAGACUGUCAAGUGGAGGUGACUGGUCUUCGUCCAGGACUGAAGUACCACUUUAGUGUGGCCACCCUCAGCCAAGAUGGCUGCCAGAGCACACCUAUGGAUGGAUUCAUACAUACAGGACUCGCCCUCUCUGAUCUGCUGUCUGCGUUGGGCCUGAGGGAUCUGCAGGGAGGGAAGCUCACUCUCAGCUCAGUCCUGGAGAUCAACAGCAACACACUCUCUGAUACACCACCACAAGGUCUACAGCAACUACCAUGGACUUUCUUAAGGAAACUCAUGAUGUCCAAUCUAAAUGCAAGAAAUGUACAAUGUGACCAACCAAUGUAUAGAUCUAGUUUCACUCAUGAUACUGAAUAUUCUGAUGUGAACCCUCUAGAUUUGAUCACAGCCCUUUUCCACUGUGCAGAUCCUUUCCUCCAACAGGAAAUGGUCGUCAAAAUGUCCUUGUGCCAGUUUGCUGUUCCUCUGCUGCUGCCAAACUGUGACACACAGCAGAGCACUUUGAUGUUGUGGGCCAUGAGGGAUCUAGUUAAAAACUACAGAGGUCUGUCCUCAUCAAGUGAUGGGACAUUUGUAGAGGGCAGAAUAGUUGAGAUGGAAAUUCCCAUGGUGUCUUUUGUUAGGGUAGGUGAGAGCAGUUUGUCUAAAUCCCAAACUCUGAACAGCUUGAUGAGUAAUCUUUCUCAGCCCAAUAAACCAUUCACCCACCAUAACAUGCCAUGUGGUAAUGUGCCCAGGAAAAUCUCAGAGGGGCUGGUUGAAGUCAGCUGGUACCUGCCAUGUGGGAACAAAAACAUUGACAUAUUCACACAGCCAGUGGCCAUGGCCAACCUGAGAGGAGACAGCAGGUCAUUUGAAGCCCAGGUUUCCUUCCUUUGUCAGACCUCAGCUGCAGUCUUCAUCUUCAGUGAUGACCUAGAGGUUGACUUCAGUCCGUUCACCAACCUGCAGGCAGAGCUGUUUCUGGUCAGCAACUCUCAGAAUAAGAAUUAUAAUGUGGAGAAACUCAAGGAGGAGUGCCGAAAAUACAACAGAAAUAAUCAUAAAAAUAAUAGAAUAACUGAAAUAAUUAAAAAAAACCAAAAUAAGCAUGAAUUUGUCAACAUGUUGCGUUUCUAUGUAAAGGGCAUUGUUGAAAAUAAAUGUGUUAAAACCAAUAUGUUUAAUUUGGAAGAUGUAGCUAGAGAUUGUGACAUAUUUGUAGAUCAUGACUUCAGUGGAUGCAGAAAUGGCAAAAGACGUGCGGAAGAAAUCAGUGGAAUGGUGAAGAAUGUUGUAUCAUUUAAGGAGAAGCAUCUGCCUUUGCAUGGGACCAUCUGGAAGGAAAUCAGCCAGUUAGAGAAGGAGACAUGCAGAAUGAGAAACGCUAAUAAGGAGACAGGCAUAGAAGUUUACAGGAGUUCACUCAAUACAAAAGAAUUGGAACUGAGAGAAAAACAGCAGCGGUAUGAUCUAUCACAUGCUAUGGCUAAAUUUAUUGCUGGAAUCUCAGUACAAAACACAGAACGUCUUUACUUCCUGAAGUGGUUGAAGAUUAAGCUAGACACCCUCACCAAACAUGACUUGUCCUCACUGAGACAGCAGUACAAAGACAGUUGUAGUAAAAAUCCACAGGACAAGGAGAAGAUGAAAAACUUAGAUGAGCAGAUUUCCAACUGCUCGUUGGGUCCUGAACAUUUUUUCCGAGAACUAGGACAGAUUUAUGAGUGUGCUUGCUCCCGUCCAGAAGAUGACCCAGCCAGACAUCAAGUCCAGCACCUUCCUAGUCUGUGUGCCCAGAUGCUGCUGGAUGGGUUUCCAGUGGAGCUGGUGGAUGGAGAUGCUUCAAACAUCCCAAUGAAGUGGAUAUCAGCAGUCCUAACUCAGUUGCAUCGACUGGUGAAUAACAAGAGCAGGAUCCUGGUGUUGACUAUACUGGGGGUGCAGAGCACUGGGAAGUCCACCCUUCUCAACACCAUGUUUGGGGUGCAGUUUGCUGUCAGCAGUGGACGAUGCACCAGAGGAGCCUUCAUGUUGCUGAUUAAGGUCUCUGAGGAACUCAAAUCUGAACUCAAGUGUGACUUCAUCAUGGUCAUCGACACAGAGGGCCUAAAAUCACCUGAACUGGCAGCAUUGGAUACAAGCUAUGAACACGACAACGAAUUAGCAACCCUGGUGAUAGGGCUCAGUGACAUCACCAUCAUCAAUGUUGCCAUGGAGAACACCACAGAGAUGAAAGAUGUUCUCCAGAUUGCUGUUCAUGCUUUUCUGAGGAUGUCAGAUUUUGGGAAGAAGCCCAAAUGUCUGUUUGUACAUCAGAAUGUGUCAGACAUGUCUGCUCAUGACAAAACCAUGAGAGAUCGGAAUAAGCUGGUGGAGCAGCUCAAUGAGAUGACUCAGGCAGCAGCUAAGAUGGAGAGAAGAGAGGCCAACACAAAGUUUACUGAUGUGAUGAAAUAUGAUCCUGACAAAGACAGCUACUACAUCCCUGGACUUUGGCAUGGAACUCCCCCAAUGGCCCCAGUGAAUACUGGCUACAGUGAAGCUGUGUAUGAACUCAAGAAGUGUUUGAUUCAUCACUUAAAAUCAGACUAUGUGAAGAGCAGUAAUGCAACUCAGUUCCUUAGACGCACUCAGGAUUUGUGGAGCUCUGUGAAAUUUGAGAACUUCAUCUUCAACUUCAGAAACAGUUUGGAGGCUGAUGCCUACUUGGAUUUAUGCACUCACUACAACAACUGGGAGUGGACAUUCAAAUCAGAGAUGAACAGCUGGCUCAUUGCCAAGACAAGAAAGAUUUCUAAUUUUGGACUGACAGAAAAGAAUGUCCACAUCAGUGAAUUAAAUACUGUAUUAAGUAAUAUGAUGGAGGAGGCCCAAACCAAAUUACAUGAAGAAGAGAAGAAAAUCCAAGACAGUAUUCAACACUAUUUCAAACAAAAGAACAACAAGGUUGACCUUGUGGAGAAAUAUAGACAGGAUUUUCAGAACAGUGCAUCAUCUCUAAGACAGCAAACUGAUUAUUCUUUAAGACAGCGUUUAGAGCAGGCUAUUGAAAUAAAAAUGGGAAUGGAACAAGUGAGUGCAAUUAAAGACAAGCAAACAGAGACCAUUGAGAGGAAGGUAUUAGACAUGUUAAAGCAAUGUAGGGAAGGAGGAGCAGAUUUGUCUGAAGAUGCACUCAACAGAGAAUUUGACAACAUGUGGAAAGAGAUCCUGUCAAAGGUGUCAAAUGUCAAACUACAACAGACAGAUGUUUAUCAGAAUGCUUCAUAUAUAUUAAAGGAAAAUUUAAGUGUAAAGGGUGGACACAUCAUUAAAAUGUUUGACGAGGUUGAUCUGAAAACCAUUGCGCAGAAGCAGUUCUCGGUUAAAAAAGAUUGGUUUUCAACCUGGAAAGAUUUACUUACACAUCGUUGGACUAAGGAUACCGGUAUACUCCUUACAGAAAAGCAAGAGCUCUGUAAUCACAUCAUUGAAGAAUGCCACACUCUUGUUAACGAUCACAUUUGCAGCAUGAAGUUGAACAACACAGACUACAGUGACACAUACAUCCAUGAUCUUCUCAAUCACAUUGAUGGAAAACUAAAACAUAUCUCAAUAUCUGAUGAGGGUCAGGCCAAUCUUAAGUUUUACAUAAUCGGCUAUGCCGCAAAUGAGUUCCAGAAAGCUCAUAAUGAAUUCAGAUCCCACAAUGACCCACAGGAGACUCUGAAGAGGUGUAAAAACACAUUUCUUGAUAAUUUUCUAGCAUCAUUUAAUGAAAAAGUCUCAGUGAAUCAAUGUUUGAAGAAAGCUCAACAAUUUGCAGAGACAUGUGUGAGGCCAGCAGUUGAGAUCUAUGUGUCUCAGCACCUCAGCCAGGCAAUAGCAAAUGAAAUGAAAACAGAAGUGAACUACAAUACAAGGAUUAAUUUCCAGUUUGCUGUAUUAAAACAGCUGCUUGAGGAACAUUCAUUUGAGAAGUACAAGAAAUACACCAGAUCAUACGAGCCAUUUGUGAAGGACUGGAUAAAGCAACAGAUCAUCAAGAGAUUGUCUACAGGUGGCCAGCUGGCUAGACUGGAGAAACAGCUCCUCUCUGAUAUUGUGAAGAAAAUAAACCAUGCAAUUACCAACUCUACAAGAAGAAAGAUCAUCAAGGGCUUCAUCCAGCAGUUCUGCUCUGCCCUUCAGGAUCAGCUGGUCAUCCCAAGUGAUGCCUUGGACAACUUCCCGAUUCUCCUCAGUGUUGAUACAGACCAGUUCAUCUUCUACCUCAAAGACUUCAUCAAGGACAUGGAAGAGUCUUUAGCUGGGGAGUAUGGCUGGAGAACAGUCACAUACCACAUCACUGAGAGAAUUGAGCAGCUGCCCUCUAAACCCCAUGAUCUGCUUUUCUCCAGUGUGUGUGGAUGUGGACAACAGUGUCCCUUCUGUGACAUGCCCUGUGAAACAGGAGGGCAGGGCCACAAGAUACACGCCGCCAGCAUGCACAGACCUGAGGCCUUUGCUGGCUGUUAUUGGCCUUCUACCAAGAAACUCCAAACAGAUAUAUGCACCACUGCAGUCAUUAGUGAUGGUACAUUUAGGAGUUCAGCAACAAGAGGUGAAUGGCACCCCUAUAAGAAGUACAGAGAGAUCUACCCAGACUGGGACAUAGCAGGCAAUACCAGUGUUGAGUCUUCAGACUACUGGAAAUAUGUGAUGAUGAAGUUCAAUGAGGAACUGGCUGAAUAUUACAAGGUUAAACCUGUACACAUCCCAUAUGGGUGGAGCAGGCUCACAAAACAGGAUGCACUGACAAGCCUGAAGAGAUCAUUUAACAUGGGACAUUGGUAGCUGUUUAGAGAAGGGAUAAAACAUAGUUCAUGAUUAUUACCAUUACAAAUAAAUGCAGUUUUGUAAGUAAAACAAAAUGUCGAGGCCAGAAUCUAUUGUGAUCACAAGUUUGGUGGAAGCUCACAGAACAGGGUGCAAUGACAAAUCUGA